GAGUGCGAGCCCACGAGCGAGGGAGACGUGCGAUGUGACGACUUGACUUGACUUGACGAGUUGGCCGUUUGUGCGCCGGAAAGUGCGCGGACCGCGGACCGCCACACAUCCCGAAAGUGCAGUGCGAAGGAAAAUUAAACAUAUUGUGUGUGAGAGAGAUAAAGAGAGAGAGAGAGAGAGGGAGUGGGAGGGAAAGAGAUAGCGAGAGUGAGAGAGAUAGAAUAAAAGUAGAAGGUAACGGUGCGGCUAGAGAGGGAGCAGAGUGAGAUAGAGUGAGAGGGACCGUGCGAACGGAAGAGUGAGAGGGAGAGAGAGAGCGAGCGAGUGAGUGAGAGACGGAGAGGGAAGAACGGGAGAGCCGCGAGCAACGAACGCGGCCUAUACGCGACGCGCGCGUCCUACGAUCCGCAAAAAUACAUGUAUGAGCGGCGGUGACGAGAGAGAGCGAGCGUGCGAGAGAGAGAUAGAGAUAGAGACGCGGCGGCGAGGCGGCAGCGUGGAGGCAGAGCGCGGCAACCCACGGGCGAAAAAUAAUGUCUAGCACGGUGGAUUCGCAUUCCAGAUACUUGAAGGAGUUCCGCGUCGACCAGUGUCCCCUCUUCAUCCAGCGCAAAUGCACGCAGCACAGACCGUUCACGUGCUUCAACUGGCACUUCAUGAACCAGCGGAGGCGCAGACCGGUGAGAAAGAGGGACCGCACCUUCAACUACAGCGCCGACAAUUAUUGCACCAAGUACGACGAGACGACUGGCAUUUGCCCCGAUGGGGACGAGUGUCCGUUCCUACAUCGUACCGCGGGCGACACGGAGAGGCGUUAUCAUCUGCGCUACUACAAGACGUGCAUGUGCGUGCACGACACGGACACCCGUGGAUUUUGCGUGAAGAAUGGUCCGCACUGCGCUUUCGCGCACGGCAAUCAUGACCUGCGCCCGCCCGUGUACGACAUCAAGGAGAUCCAGGCGUUGGAGAAUCCGGACUCGGAUCCGAACUCCUCGUCAAACGGGCCUAACAUACUGGACAAGGAGCGUAACCUGAUGAAUGAGGACCCGAAGUGGCAGGACACGAAUUAUGUGCUAAGCAACUACAAGACCGAGCCGUGCAAGAGACCGCCGCGGCUCUGCCGACAGGGAUACGCCUGUCCGCAGUAUCAUAACAGCAAGGACAAGCGGCGCAGCCCGCGGAAAUAUAAGUAUCGCUCGACGCCAUGCCCGAAUGUGAAACACGGCGAAGAAUGGGGCGAGCCGGGCAACUGCGAGCAAGGAGAUGCGUGCACGUACUGUCAUACUCGCACGGAGCAGCAGUUUCACCCGGAGAUCUACAAGUCUACUAAAUGCAACGACGUGCAACAAGCUGGCUACUGCCCGCGCGGCGUCUUCUGCGCCUUCGCGCAUGUUGACCUGUUGCCAACAGAAGAAAUGAGCCUGGCGAGGGAUAUGGCGGUACCUAUAGAUUGCGGAGCGAAUCUGGCAGACAUACUCAGCAACGCUCUUCCACCUGACAAGCGCUCCCACGACAAGGACAAGCCACUCAGUGACAGCAGCAAUGGGAGUGGCGAGGUCUCGGAAUCCGCCAGCACCAGCAGUUUGGGUAGCAACAGUUCGCACAGCAAAGCGCCUGGCGCUCAACUGCACAAUUCCAAUAAUACCAAUUCCGCCAUGAAUGCGGUUGCGCAGCAGAAACUUACGAACAUACUUUACAACCCCAGUUCUCUCAUACAAGUUAAUGAAAUUCGCAAGCAAAUGGUCGCCAUCGACAGCGAUCCUUUGUUAACUAAAGCUGAAAAGGCCCAACAGAAACAGAGCCUCUACAUCGCGUACAAUUUGAACGGGACAUUAGGCAGUCACUCAUUAGCAACCACUGUUUCACCACUUUCGAAUUCGUUCUACUCAAACGACACUGUGGAAUCUGUACUAGGAAAUGCAUUAGACGAGCUACAUUUAGACGACCCAUUAAAUUUAGUCGACUCAAUUCAUAGGGAUACAAAUUCACCGAUUGGCAAUUCGAUAUCGGCAGGCCUAGCUAGCUCCGGUUUACUCGGUAGCUCGGCCCCGGUCAAUAUACCGGGCAUGGCUGAACGUUCAGUUCUUACCAAUUUCUCGCCAUCAACCUCGAGCCCGCUUCAGCAAUUACAGACUGGUUUUCUUACCGGAUCGAGAUUCUCUCAUCAAGAUUCCAUGGAAUCCACAUUGCCCUUUAUAAAUCAGAUAUCAGAUCCAUUUAGCAAUCACAUUUCGCAACUUAGUAGCUCGGCUUCUAAACUUAGUGGAUUCAAUAGUAGUUUAUUCGAUUUUGCGAACCAAGGAAUGUCACCAUCGCGUACGCAACCCACUCUACCAGCAUCUCCAUUGGUCAAUGCAUUUUCCAUUAGUCCAAGUAACACAGGAUCGUUGUCCGAGGUACAAAGGCUCAGAGACGAACUGUCGUCGAGCCGUGCUCAAUUGGCGACAUGGGACGAGCGUAUUAAUCAAGCGCGCGCGGCUUGCGCGGCGUGGCAAUUGGAAAGCGAGGAGGCGAAAAGGAAGGCGACUAUCGCCGAACAGCAAAGAGACGAGAGAAUGGAUUUUUUGCAGGCUCUGAAAGCGCUUAGGGUCGAGAACAAGGCAUCCAACGGCGGCCCGUAUCUUCAUACACUGAGGAAAACAAGCGAACUUAGAUCACUAUCGAUAGCCACCUUGAAAUCGAUUCAAUCGCAAUUGCGCUCGGAUCUGGAAGAGGUGGAAAAGGUGCUGUACAGAGAAACGGCAACAAAGUGCAUGGUUUGCGAGGAGCAGAAUCGUACGGUGACCCUAUCUUGCAAUCAUUACGUGGUCUGUUCGACGUGCGCUCCGAGUCAGCGCGAGUGCCCGUACUGUCAGACUCCAGUAGUCUCAACAAGUUAGACCCGAACCUUUCCUUAGAAUCCUGUUGUUACAAUUUCCGCCUUUUCGUUAGAAAGAAAACGAAGAGGCGUUGGCAGCCGCAGACUCUGAAAGAAUAUCAUGUGAGUAGUAUCACGAUUUUGCAAGGACUCGUAUUUUUACUCUGGUACAGUGACAACACUGAAAAACACGUUUCUUAUCGCGGUAAGCAUGUACCCGCAAGAAUCCAAUUGACUUUAAGAAUACGAUUGAUUUAUCGCCAAAGUGAGUACGCGAAGAUGAUAGAAUCUUUACUGGUGUAAUCUUAAAAUAUAUAUUUCUCUCAGUAUAUUUAUACAUACAUAUAUAUGUAUGUAUAUUCAGUGAAUAUCACAUUUUUUUAAAUGUAACGCUUAAAUGUAAGCGUUAUAGGAUCCUAAAAAAGAAAAAACAAAGAUGUUUUAUUUUAUACAUAAUUCAAAAUAAAUAUCUAGCAGGGUGUUAACUAUACACAUUCAGCGUUUAUAACGCAAAUAUAUGUGGGUUACAGAACAUUUAGCACGAGAACAAUAUAAUCGCAGUUGUGGACAAAGUUUCGGGACCUCGAAAACUAUAUAAUUGUUUAAAAAAAAAUUAAUAAUAUUAAUAAACGCAACAAAAGUCUCCUCCCACUUGCAUUAAAAAAAAAAUGGGAGGAUUUUUUUCUCGAUGGUUGAGCUGUGAAACGUAUGUCACAGAAAAAAUGAUAUUUCUAUUAUAUUUAAAUCUAUAUAUUUAAUAGGAUUUUCCAAUUGAUUCGUACUGAAUGUAAUAAUAUAAGUAUUAACAAAUUUUAUAUUUUUCGUUGAAAACCUAAUAUUGAAGAUAUAAAUAUUAUAUAAGAGGUAUAUAAAUAUAUUAUAUAAUUUCUAGGUUUUUAUAUAUCUAAUAACAAAGAUUUCUCAUGUAGUUAUAAAGAGUAUGGGAGUUUACAAAACAACCGAAAUAUAGAUAGCGCUAAAACAAUUUUAUUAUAUAAAAGGUAUUAUACAUAUAUAUAUCUCAUUUGUUUAUCGUUUCUUUUCUAUCUAACGGUGUUAUUACCGCUUAUUCCUUUUCUUCUUUUCUUUUUUCAAUUUGUUCUGCCUUUCGUUACGUUCAUUAAGUAUAUCGGCAGUUGAAAAAUAUUUACACUUCGGGCACAUCGAAGUUUACGAUGAUUAAUAUUUUUAACAAUUUUACGUAAAAUACACUUGCUUUCUUUCGUUCUAUAAUGUGGCUUGUAUAUGUUUCGUACUUUUUGUAACAAUCCACUUUUUAGGUCGUAAAUAUGCUUAAUUGUGUACUAGUAUUUGCGAUGGAGUUAUUAGAGGACAUUUAAAUUAAAUAGUGUGUGAUAGUAACGAAGAAGUUUAAUAUUCAAUCAAUUAUUCAAUUAGAUUAUUGAACCAAUUACCCUCAUUUCGUGUUGUAGGCUUUUACAAUUGUAGAUGUAAGGAUGUUAGAGAUACUUAGGAUUUUUCAAUUUAAUCAAAAAAAAAAUUAACUCAUAAAUAUAUAUAUAUAAAAAUAUAAUGCAUACACAAGUCAAACGUGACAUACGUGUUACAGUUCAUUGGCAUGCUACAAGUAUGCUAAUUAGGACGUGUGAAGUACGUCUAUGUACCCGGCUCUAUGCGUAUAUUCAUUUUAAAGAUGUAGUUGUUAAACUCUAUGAUAAAAAAAUGACUAUACACUCAUGAUGAGAAAAAAAAUAUAUA